GUCAAAUGUGAUUUUGUUGAGCGGUGUAAAAAACAAACAAGAUUAAUGUCAAGGUGGUAAAGUCGUUUACCAGCUAACGUUUGACUUUCCGCUGUAGUGCUGACACAGAAGAGCUUUGAAUGGAUUCUCAGUUUUCCUUGUUGCCUAAGAUAAUAAAUGGCAGUAUAGCUGGAAUUGUGGGUGUGACAUGCGUAUUUCCAAUAGACCUUGUGAAAACACGGCUACAGAAUCAGCAGCCUGGACCCAAGGGUGAAGUGCUGUAUAAAAAUCUUGUUGACUGUGCAAUAAAGACUUUUCGAAAUGAGGGUUUUUUGGGCAUGUAUAGAGGAUCCGGGGUGAAUCUUCUACUCAUCACACCUGAGAAGGCUAUCAAACUAGUUGGAAACGACUUUUUCAGACACCAUCUCUUGACCAGUAGUGGCAAACUUCCAUUUCACCGAGAACUUGCUGCUGGUGGGGGUGCUGGGAUGUGUCAGAUCAUUGUCACAACACCCAUGGAACUGCUGAAAAUUCAGCUACAGGAUGCUGGCAGAAGUGCAUCAGUUGAUAUUCGGGCAGGAGCUGACCCAGCAGCUAAGACAGUUACUGCUCCACGUCUUUCUGCCACCACCAUUGCUCUUCAGCUCGUCAGAGAGAAGGGCAUUCAGGGACUGUACAAGGGUUUCGCCUCUACUGCUUUGAGAGAUGUCACCUUCUCGGCCAUCUACUUCCCACUGUUUGCACAUCUUAAUGCCCUGGGUAAGCGAAGAGAGGGUGGACAGGCUGUGUUUUACGUGUCUUUCAUCUCUGGAUGUGUGGCUGGUUGUGUGGCCUCCUUUUCUGUAAAUCCAUUUGAUGUGGUCAAGACUCGACUGCAGACUAUUCAGAAAGGUAAAGGAGAAGAAACUUACAAAGGAGUCGUAGACUGUUUCAGCAAAGUACUAAGUAAAGAAGGACCAAAAGCAUUUUUCAAGGGUGCUCUGUGCCGAAUUCUCGUCAUUGCACCCCUCUUUGGAAUAGCCCAGACUGUUUACUUCCUAGGAGUGGCAGAAUUUCUACUUGGAAUCAAGAAGUCCUGAUCUUAAAGCUGGAUAGGUUUUCGAAAUGCUAAUUUCACUCUUUUAUGAUUAGCACAUGACAACCUGCUAGUAUCUUGAAUGGAAUUGGUCAUUGGUUCUGAGUGCCACACUGAUGCACUAGGUCACAUAUCUACGAAUACAUUUAGCACACACAAAAUAAUUGUAGUUUAAAAUUGUGCUCAGGUAUAGUUUAAAAAUAUUUUCAUUAAACAUUCCUUAUAUUCCAUUUAGUGCAAGAGAAAACAUGUUACAUGUGUAUUCAAGUUAAAGCAAUUAUUUAGAUUUUCUAACAUUUACUUGUUAAUAAAAAAGUUGUUUCCUUUAUACAGUAUGGAGUAAUGUAUCAUCAAUGAAAUUAUCGCUGGCAUAAUUAUAUCAUAAUCAGGCUCAUACCGAAGCCAAAAAAUUAAGCGAUUUUAUUGGUUGAAAUAUUAACAUUAUACAUUGAUAAGCUACUAUUAAUCAAUCGGAAAUAAGCUUACAAACACAAUUAUAACAGGGUUGUCAACAUGGCGCAUAUCUAUGACAUCCCAGUUAUUAUAUCUCUUGUUGAAAAUAGGGUUAUUCUCAUUUGUUACUUUAUCAAGUGACAAGUGAAAAGAAUUUUGAAUUUGAUUAUAAUAUAUAUUUAUUAUCAUAUUUAUUAUCCUCUAAAUCUCUAACUUAUUUUAAAACUUACCAGUUGUGAUGUGUGGCAGAGCCUGUGAUUUUGACACUAGAACCAGUGACCUAUUCUCUUUAAACAAAAUUAAUGAAUAUUCAUGAAGACAGCUUGUAAAAUAUGUGAACUAUGAAGCACUUUCAAAACACUUUUAGUAAUAGUAUAAGGAAACUAAUGUAUUAUUAUUUAUAUAUAUAAUGUAUAUAUUCAUUCCUACAUAUCCUUUGAGAAUGGCAUUUGCUGUCUAAAUUGGAAUCUGUAUAAUGCAAAAGUAUGUCUAUAUAAUGGACCAAACUUACAGUUCCAGUUGAUUCCAAUUUAGACAGCUGAUCAUAUUUGCUAGUCCUUUGUAGAAAUUUAGCCGCUAUUUAUAUGCUUCUCUACCAAAGCUAUUUGGAGUACUUCUGCUACACAAUAAUGUACAUUUUUGAUUUAAAAAUGUGCUAUUUUUGAAAAAUAAUUAAAAUAUAAUUAGUUUUUUUUACAAAAAACUGCAGGCAAAUAAUAUCAAUUUAAAAACUUUAAAUAUUUUACCUACCGUAAACCAAUAUGGUGAACACAGUUUUGAUUGUAAUUUCUGUUUUUUUUUAAAUAAUGAUAUGAAAUUUAUGAUAAAUCUAUUUGCAUUUAAAACAAAAUUAAUUAAUAUAUACUUUUUUUUUUUUAAACCUGCAUUAAAAUGAACAAUCACAGAUGCAAAUAUUGUGUGUAAUAAAUAUGCUUCAGUAAGACUGCUGUAGCAGCAGUUUUCCACUUGAUAAUCAGUAUAAUAAUAUACCGGUAAUGUGAUAAAGCCAAUGUGAAACGAGAUAUUUUUAAAUUGCAUUGCUUAAACCAAUUUGAUAGUUGUUUUGUUACCAGGAAAUCGUUCUUACUGUAUAGAAUAUAUUAAUGUGAUCUUUUACAUGCAUAUUAUUUAUGAUUUUUAAAUUAUAUUACCUUUUUUUUAAAAAGAUGAUGUGUUCAUGUCGGUGUUUGUAUCCAUUAUAUAAGAUUGUAUAUAUUGUUGAGAAUUAUUAGUUUAUUACUCAAAUACAAAACAUCUAGUGAAAAUCUAGAUGUAAGGAGGAAAUUAGUUUUUAAAAGACGAUAUUUGUCCUCCCCAAUUGCAGCCGACACAUGUAAAUAUAUGAUAUCCAAUUUUUGUAACCUCCCAUCAACAAAAUGGAAAGAAUUAGGACCGGUUAUUUUGUUAUCUUAAAUCUGUUAAUUUAAUACGGGCUCAACUCUCACAACUUUGCAAUCUUGCAGUACAGUGCUAAAAAACUAACAGAGAGGAUGCUUUGUUGUCUAGCAGAGCCUAAGAGACCUUUGUGAAUUAGGCUCCUGGUUUACAAGAAAACGUGUGUUUUUUAAGUUUCUGUUACCAUGAUAUACAUACAGUAUAUGGAUCUGCUUUUGAUUUGCUAACAUGCUGUUCUGUUUAUUUCGCUAAAUAUUAAAUUCUGCACUUGAUUUUUUUUUUUAAACUGAUCAUUCAAUUAUUUUUAGUAUAUAACAGAGGCCCUUUAUGUGUAUAACUGUGGUGUAUGGUCUAGUUACAUUAAUUUUAUUUUUAGCACCUUCAUUAUAUGGAAUUGCUGCUUUGCUAGCUUUUAUAUAUACAUUUGUUGAGAAAAUCAACCUAUAAAUUUCUGCUUUUUUGUUUUACAUCUUACACUGUAGUUUAUGCAGGUUAUAUUUUAUAACAGAAGAAAAUGAACUCAAACGUUUUUCAGUUUGUUCUUAAUAUUACACCUUGCUCUGAAUUUACAUUUGGGAGCCCCAUAACGUUGCUAGUAGAUUUGUACCAUUAUACACAUUUGUAAACAGACAUUAUAUUUUUGCCAAAACAACUACCUAUAUAUGUAUUCUUGCACUCAUAGUGUUCCUUACUCUAUUAUUCAUUAUUACCCCAGCAGGCACUCAUAACGGGGAAAAUAAAAAUCGUAAUUUCUCACACUGAGAAAUUAUCAUGCAUUGGUUUAACGUACACUACUAUUGGACGAUUUGACGCCAACAAACCAAUCACCUUGUCGGUACUAAAUAUGACAUCAUCACGAUAUUUUGGCAAAGCACACAUAAUGACGUCACGUAGUUUACGGCAUUUGCAUUUAUGUUUUUCUGGUUUCAGGCUAAACUUGUAAUAAAUUUGUAGUUUAAUGCAUUUCAUUAUAGAUUUUUUUUUACAGAAUAUAUAGAACUUUGGGUUUUAAAAAUUAUCUAUGAACCAUGAAUAAAAUACAAAGUUAAAGAAAUACUCAGAACAGUAAAAUAGGUUACGUCGUUUCUAUAUACAUGGAUGUGUAGCCGAUGAAGGCUAUAUCGAAAAUAAAGGCUUUUAAAACCCCCAAAUAGCUGGAGUAAUAAAUAUAAUAACAAACUUGGUACCAGUUAUUAUCAAAUUUAUGUCCCUCGUGAAGUAAUUUUCAUUUGUCACUCGGGACAUAAAUUUGAUAAUAACUGGUAACUCGUUUAUUAUCCUCUAUUUACUUCAUAUUACCAAUUUAUCAAAGUAUAAUAAUCAUGCCAUAAUUGCAAUACUAUUAUUUGAUGUUCAAGAAAAUAAUGCUUCAUUCAAAUCUGUCCAGAAUAUCAUUAUUAAUGAAAAAAUAUUUUGAGAUUAAUUAACCAUUUGUGAUUUUUGUUUUCUCCUAUUAAAGUUAUAAAAUAAUGCAAAAUAACUAACAAUUUUCUUCUUUUUUUUUUUUUUUUUUUCUGUUUCAUCUCGUUAAUGUUUCUGUCAUUGUUUUAAAAACAAUUUCUGUAAUUUAAAAUGGAGAGGCCUCAGCAUAGGCUUUUAUUUGUUGAUCAGUCCCAAAACUGCUUAUUUUGUGUGACAGUAUUAAAUGUUGCUUAAACCAGUGUUCCCAUACUUUUAGGUUAAACAGUAAGUUUUAUUGAUAUUUAGAAGCUUAUUGGUAUAAGUUGUGAAGGAAACUUGUCUUGUUCAAUUUAUUUUACCUGUUGAAUAUACAUCAUUUCAGUAUUAGCUUAAUCGCAACUGCAUUCUCAAUUACAGGGUAUAAGCGAAUAAUUGUAUACAUAUCAAUCAAUCUAACAAAAUAAUGUUAAUAUUAUCUUGCAUUUUGAAUAAAAACACUUGCUUUUAUUCAUUGCAAUGUUUUUAAGACUUAUAAUGGACAAAAUUAAAUGUUUCCCAAAUUAAAACCUUUUUUUUUUUUUUUGGUUUGUGCUCAGGUAAUUAAUGUGCUCAUUUUUUAUGAUAAAAUACUAACUUAGUCAAAAGUUUAUCAUACAGAAUCAAGUAACAUAUUUUAUUUCCAUCAUCCCUUUGAAAGUUUAUGGUGAAACGACUUGAACUGUUCAAGACUCAGAGAGGACAGAAUCUGCACUUGAAACAAAUGUUAUAUACCAUAUUUCCUCUAAUAAGCACCGGGUCUGUAACACUUUGCAGCAAAAUAAACGGCGGGCCUCUAAUAAGCGCCUGGUCUCCAAUAAACGUUGGGUAAAGACAGCCGAAAAUUGAUUACUCUCUGGCAUAAUUUAGGUACUUUACGUGGACAAAUAAUAUUAAUUUGUUCAUUGUUUUGUCAAAGUUUAAAGUUUUGUUACAGUUCGAAAUUAAAAUUUAAAACUAAAUAUAUUUUGAGUUUGUAGUCUAUAGCUUUAAUUUCUAAAAUUUGUUUGAAAAAAAUAAAGGUUGGGUCUCCAAUAAGCGCCGGGUCUAUGACCAUUCUAAAAAGGAAUAAGCGCCCGGACACUUAUUCGAGGAAAUAUGGUAUUCUUCAAGAGUAUCCAUUAGAUUAGUUUAGUUUUUGCACUUUUUGCUAAUUACACGUCAGUCAGUUUCAGUGGUGAUUUUGAACCAAUUUUUUGUUUGCUUUGAUGUUAUGGCCUCUGAUCAUGUAACAAUUCUAAGUUUUGAGCUUGUUUUUGCUGUUUUUAUCAGGACAAAAUCUCAUUUGCUGAAACAUGUCAAUGUGUUAAAUGGAGAUGAGAUGAAUAUUUGACAUCUGUAGAAUGUAUUGUUAAACAUGACAGCUGGAAUAAAACCAUUAUAAAUAUG